CAUAACCCUAGUUUUUGAUCAACAAUUAUAUUAAAAAUAGUGAAAAUUAUAAUUGGUACCCCUUUUUUAUAAUAGGGUCGAUAUUUUACCAUGGCUACAUCAUGAUAGAACAAUACAAACAAAAGUCAGUCAAUCGAUUUAAAUAUAUGGUUUAAAAAGUAGUUUAAACGUUGUAUAAAAAAUGCCGGGCCUACCAGAUACGAUGUAUUGCUCUGAGCAGAUAUGUAUACCUCCAACAUUUCCAUAUUUGCUUAGGCAGUACGCUAAGGCAGCCAUAAGAAGUCAACCUACAGAUUUACUUAGAUGGUCUACGGCUUACUUCAGAUGCCUAUCACUGAAUAUCCCCCCACCUGUCAAGCCUAGGCUGGAAUACCCCAUACCAAGAUCUCACCAAGGUAUAACCCCAGGUUGGCUAAAAGCAUUACUGGGUCAGCUACCAUCCACUAACACUGUGGACUUUAAAGUGCUAUGGGACCGUUGGAUUGGAGCUUGCCUGGAACACGACACUUUAAUACAAAUAUUGUGUUUGGGGGGGUUCACUAACCCCAUGCAAAUACCUUGGUUAAGGUUUUUGGGGCUGUGUGCAGCCCAUUUAACAGACGAUUUGACUCAUUCAAUGAUUUUGAUCUGCGAGAUUUUUACCGAGGAGCCAGAAGGAGGCAACGCCAUGAUACCAGUGGAUGUUUUUUUGGACUUGUACAAGUUUCUGGCCUCCAUUGAUGCCUCCCAGGAUCAAAUUCUGAAGAACUAUUACUUCACCGACAACUUGUUGGCAUUAUGGAAAAUCAAGGUUGCGAAAUUUAAAAAGGAGAUUGAAUUUAAGGAUGAGACCGAUGAGAGUUCUGUAACCACGGAAAUGGCUGAGGAGGCAGAGAUGGAAGAGGAAAAGAAAAAAUCUGCAGACGAUAUAAUCUCCUGUCCCAGCAUAGACCAAGAUCGUGAUGAUUUUCUGCAAUUCAUGGAUGAAGGAGGGGAGGAGAGCGACAAACAGUCGACGAUUACGGACGACCGGAUUUCCGGUCAAAUCGUAGAAGCUGACACUGUAGGCAAACACAGCCUCUCCGAGCAGGAAGCGGAACCCCCUCUCGAAGAAGAAACCGAAGAGAGGGAAGAAGGGUUGGAAGGGGAAGAAGAGGGGGAAGAAGAGAGCGAGAAGGAAGCGAAAGAGGACGAACCCUCUGAAGACAAGCCGAGCAGUGAAGAGGAUUUAAUAAAGGAAGAACCGGCCGAGGAGGAGCUAAUGAACGAAGAGGAAGGUGAAGGGUUGGAAGAGGAGAAAACUGACGAAGUUGUGGAAACAAUCAUAGCAGCCAGGGCCUAUGAAUCGCUGGACACCCUGGAUGGGAAACCGGACUUUCCCGAUAGGACCCUGGCAGAAGACUUAAAAAAGUUGAAGGCCUUACAGGUUGAACUGGCGGGAGAAACGGAUGAAGAAUUGGAAAAAUACAAGUGUCAACUUAUAGGCGACAUGCCCAUGACUUCUGACCAACAAAUGGCCAUAAAGUACUUUCAAGCUCCUGACAGUACUACUGACCAUCCGAGUACUGUCUCUGACAAAGAUAGACGAUCAGAAAUGCCUCCUGAGGACGAUGGAGUUCUUUAUGAGGACGUUUGGGUGCCUAGAGUACCAGGUAUAGGUGGGGUGGUACCCAUGGCUUUGGUACACGCAGUGGAAGAUUACAUGAGAACAGUUGCCUGUCUACACGAAGGUAUGGUGAUGCCCAGAGACAUCAUCCACUACAGUUGUCCACCACUGGAAUGUCCCAUAGAAGAGAAUUAAUUUAUUAUGGGAAAAAAUUAUAUAUUAUAUAUAUACACUUUUUUUAAUUAAAUUUAAUAUAUUAUUAUA